CUGAGGUACGUUUGAAAGGCUCCCUGAUUACAGAGAGUUGGACACCUCAUGCGGAAGUUAUAUUUUGAAAACCGGAGCUCGCUGUUAUUUCCUUGACAGACAGCAAUUGUGCCCUUCCCUGUCUACUAAGAAAAACACAGCAUGUUUUGAGGAACGAUGGAGCCACCACCCGUGUGUGAGAUUGAUGUGGAGAGCAGAAUAAUGAUCGAUGGCAGUGAUUCACCAACAGACCCGGACAGUCCUUGUCAGGUGGAGGUUGCUGAGUUUGGUCUGAGUUUUGCUGAGAAGAAGCAAGAAGAGACGAGAGAGGGCAGUCCCACUGAUCUAAGGCUGGCAGAUCAUGACCCUGGAGGCGACUCGAAGACAGCAGAUGAGAAGGAACUUGGAAAAGAAGUUCUUCUCCUGAUGGAUGCAUUGAAUUCCUUGACCACACCGGAGGAGAAGCUGGCAGCUCUGUGCAAGAAGUAUGCAGACCUGUUGGAGGAGACGCGCGGCAUGCAGAAGAAUCUGAAAACCAUGCAGAAAAAGCAGUCUCAGAUUGUAAAGGAGAAGGUCCACCUUCAGGGCGAGCACAGCCGAGCAAUCCUCGCCCGGAGUAAGUUGGAGAGUCUCUGUAGAGAGCUGCAGAGACACAACAAGACUUUGAAGGAGGAGAACGCCCAGCGUGCCAGGGAGUAUGAGGAACAACAGAAGGAGGCCCUGCAGCACUUCCAGAUGACAUUGAGUGAUAUUGAGCAGCAGCUGGAGGAGCAUGCCUCCCGCAACGCCAAGCUCCGGCAGGAAAACUUGGAACUGACUGACAAGCUGAAGAAGCUCACAGAGGAGUACAAGCUGCGAGAGGAAAACAUAGAGAAGAUGUUCAAACACAAGGACCUGCAGCAGCAACUGAUGGAUGCUAAGUUGCUGAAAAUUACUGAGAUGAUCAAAGAGGUGGAGGAGAAGCAGCAGAGGGAGAGAGACUUUCUGCUGAAAGAUGCUUCAGACUCCAGACACCAGUGUGACAUGAUGAAGGAGCAGGAGACUCAGCUGAAGCAGCAGCUGUCCCUGUACAUGGAUAAGUUUGAGGAGUUCCAGAGCACCCUGGCUAAAAGCAAUGAGGUGUUCACCACAUUCAGAGAGGAGAUGGAGAAGAUGACCAAGAAGAUCAAGAAGCUGGAGAAGGAAACCACACAGUGGAGGACCAAAUGGGAGAGCAACAACCAGGCGCUGUUGCAAAUGGCUGAGGAGAAGACUCUGCGUGACGGCCACUUCAAGGCUCUGCAGGGGAAGCUGGAGCUGUUGGAGCGUUUGUGCCGAGCGCUGCAGAAGGAGAGGAAUGACCUGAAUAACCGACUGAGCCUCCUGCAGGAGCAGGAGCAGGGGAACGUGGAUCCCCCAGAGCUCCAACUGCAGCAGCUCUCAGUCAGGGAUGAGGAGGAGUCUGGAGGCUCAGCCCCAAGUGAUGGCUUGGAGACGGAGGGGAUCCACCAAGCUCCAAGACCCCCUGAAGAGGCUUCCACGGUGGACGGGCCACACGCAGGAACACAAGCAACCACUGUACAUAACUGAAGCCGAAGCACGAACCUUGGAACCUGACGUCCCGUGCUGAUUCUGACACAUAAGACUGAGGACUUGGAUGAAGCCUUUGACCUUUGGUCUUCAUAUCAAAGUGCAGUGGUGUUCAGGCCCCUCUACAGAGGCUCGCUGACUACGAAAUGACCUCUGCUUGGAAGGAAAGUUUGAAUCCAUAAAGACAGCAUUUUGAAUGUGAAGGAAGUCAGAAUGUUGCUUGAUCUAUGCUGCUCUGAGAUUUUCUCCUCCUCAUGCUUCGCCGCCUCCAUUCCUGCUGAGCUCCUCCGUCACAGUGCCUCUUCCUGUGGACCAUGACGGAGGUUUAACCCAAGUUGGACCUUCACUCUCACCUUUCUUUUCACGUUACUCCACUUUAGUUUGUGCUUCGAGCAGCACCAAUUGAUGAGUUCAUCUCAGAAAUCAUGGCUUUGGAACAGUAGAUUGAACAGUAGGUUCACGAGCUCAAAUAAAGAAUAAUGGGAGAACAUUUUGACAGCACAACUGAGACUGCUAACAUCAGUGUCGCACAAAGAUCUAAUCUUUGAGAAGAAGAAGAAGAAGAAGAAGAAGAAGGAAAAAAAACAAGGUAUCUGACGCCAAAGCUCCCAAAAAUCCUCUCAAUCCUUUUGUAUGACCUUCGCCUCUUCUGGAUCUACCUCUCUGGAUGAGACCGACUCACCUGAGGUUCUGGGAGCUGUUUUUAACCAAAAGACAGACACCCACUUUCCCAUUGAUGAUUGUACCACGUUCUUAUUGUCUCACUUUUCAAUAAACAUUUUGUAGAAUUUGCCAUCUGCUGCUUCUCCUUCCGCAUCAGCAGACUCUUGUGUGCAAGUAUUUCUCAGUACAUUUCAGGCCUCCCUCUAGUUCUGUGAAAUUUUGACUUGGAUUUGUUUAGGCAUCUCAAUGCAAUUGAUGUUUUAUCAGUUUGUCGUUCAUAGAAAAAAAAAAAGAAAAAAAUUCAAGAGUUCAAAAUGUAUCAUUUGGCUGGAUGAAGAGGUUGCGUUGCGGUAUGAAUUAUAACUUGUGAUGCCUGAAUAGAGACACGGUCAUUGCGAGCCUUCAAACACAUGGUCAUCAUGACAUAAACACAAAUGUAUUGUCAAUCUCUUUAUUUCACUUGACACGUCCAGAACUUGACCAGACUAACUUGGCGUUACAUGACCGACAGUGACGAACAG